AUGGCGGAAGAACUUAAUGUUGAUAGUCUUAUUCACAGACUUUUAGAAGUUCGAGGAUGUCGCCCAGGAAAGACUGUGCAGAUGUCAGAGUCGGAGGUCCGUGGGCUAUGCACCAAAUCCAGAGAGAUCUUCCUGCAGCAGCCAAUACUUUUGGAAUUGGAGGCACCACUCAAAAUUUGUGGUGAUAUUCAUGGACAAUACACCGAUUUGUUGCGUCUCUUCGAAUACGGCGGCUUCCCGCCCGAAGCCAACUAUCUAUUUUUGGGCGAUUACGUGGACCGCGGCAAGCAGUCUCUCGAGACCAUAUGCCUCUUACUGGCGUAUAAAAUCAAGUAUCCCGAGAAUUUUUUCCUCCUGCGCGGCAAUCACGAGUGCGCGAGCAUAAAUCGUAUUUAUGGGUUCUAUGAUGAAUGUAAACGUCGAUACAAUAUAAAACUGUGGAAGACAUUCACUGACUGUUUCAACUGCCUCCCGAUUGCAGCAAUUAUUGACGAGAAAAUAUUCUGCUGUCAUGGCGGUCUCUCACCGGAUUUGCAAGGCAUGGAGCAAAUCCGACGAAUCAUGCGACCCACAGAUGUGCCUGACACUGGUUUACUCUGUGACUUGCUUUGGUCAGACCCAGAUAAAGACGUCCAAGGCUGGGGUGAAAAUGACCGCGGUGUAUCAUUCACGUUUGGGCCUGAUGUUGUCAGCAAAUUCCUCAAUAGACAUGACUUAGACCUGAUCUGCAGAGCCCAUCAGGUGGUUGAAGAUGGUUAUGAAUUCUUUGCCAAGAGACAACUUGUAACACUUUUUUCUGCUCCAAAUUAUUGUGGAGAAUUUGACAACGCCGGUGGUAUGAUGUCUGUUGAUGAAACACUUAUGUGUUCUUUCCAGAUACUAAAACCAUCUGAGAAAAAAGCUAAAUAUCAGUACAACGGCAUCAACAGCGGCAGACCGGCUACACCCCAACGAUCACCGCCCAAAAAGAAAUAA